AAUUGGUUCAACUAGUCUGUCAGUAGUAUCAUAGAUUGCAGAAUGAAACUACUAUCUUCAGUAUUAAUAAUGCUGUUAAUCUGCGUAUUACAUACUGAAGCUCAAUAUGGGAAAGAAGAUAAUGUUGUAUUGAUUAAAAGCAGAGGGGGUGAGCGAAGAAAAGCUGAUUGUGGGGAUUCUGGAACCAUUGGUGAAAAAUGUAGAAACGGACUAAUCUGUAGGACAUUGAAUGGUGGGUCAGAAUGUAGUGGAAAGAAAUCAUUACAAAUAAAGAAAGACCUGUUCUGCGGUCAAAAAGAUACUCUGCAGCGAAGAUGUCAAAGAGGAGGAAUCUGUAUCAGGACUGCUAAGAAAUCUUUUAAAUGCAAAAAGGGUGGUCCAGGUAGAGGGGGCAAAAAAGGAUCAGGUGGAAAACGUGGGAAAAGACCAGCUAAACCUGAGGCUCCGAAAGAAGUGCAUGUUCCAAAUCAGAUAGAUUGUGAUGCUAUGGGUGUACCACCAACUUGCAGAGUGCCAACUAUGCUCUAUUUUGGAGGCAGUGGUGGAGGAGGAUUAUUUGGGUUAGGUGGAAAUGGGGCUUCCUCAUAUCCGCGCUGUAAUUCGGAAUUUUGGAAACAGCUACCUGAUUCUCCUGGGGAUGUUGGUCUUGCUAUAAUGAAAGGUGAAAUAUAUGCAUGUGGAGGUGGAUUAGAAAAUGGAGCUCAAUAUUCUGCAGACUGUUACAAGAAUGUUGGAGGAAACUGGGUAAAAAGUGCAAACUUAAAUACACCAAGAUCAAAACAUACAAUGACCACCAUAGGGAAUAGUAUGAUUGUGGCUGGUGGUAGGAAUAAUGAAGGAUUCAGGUAAGUGAAAUACCAUUUAGUUCUUUAUCCAC